AUAAGUUGAGCACAAUAGGCCCAAUCAAUAGCGCCCUCUAGGGCCAAGUCGGAAUAUCCUAGGCAAAAACUUAGCCGCACAUCGACACCAGCAGGAUUUAGACAGGAACUUCUCAGCUAUGGGUGCAUGUAUGCCUUGUUUAUUUGGCAGUGCUGAUGAUUAUGACCAAGACCAACCAGAUGAGGAAACCAGACGUCAACAGCAAGCUGAGGCUGCGCAGAAACGCAUGAAACAGGAGGAGUCUAGAGGAUUAGCAGACCCUGAAGGUGCAAAGAGACGACAACAACAAAAAGAAGAAGCCGAGAAGAAAGCUGAAGCACUUGAGCAACAAGGAGGUGGUGAAAACAAACUUUCGUGGCAAGUUGGUUGAGUUGAAGUCACUGUAAACUUCCUGGAGAAGAUCUGCUAAUGGACUGCCAAUGUGAUGUGUCUGUGUAUAUAUCACCAUUCACAUGCUAUUUAUUACAUAAGUGAAAUCCAGAAAUUCAGGCUUUUGCAACUUAGCCUUGUAAUUACGGUGGUGUUUUAAUACGUUGCCUUUAUAUUUUUGUAAGCAUAAUCAAUUGUUGAAAACAAGUGUUUCUUUCCCACGAGAUGCGUUCAUAUAUCAACUCUAAUUACCAAUAAUUUUGUUUCAUAUUUUAGUGUAGAAAACUUGUUUUAAAUUGAAGUAGAAGUCAACAUUAAUUAAAUGUGUACAAAAUUGAAUAAACGUGCUCUGAUCCUAAAUGUACCUUAACAUGCACUGGCUAUCCUCAGCUAGAAUAUUGUUAUAUAUUUUGUGUAAAACUCUCAACUGCAUUUGAGACAAGAAGAAACAUCAAAACAGAUGGUUCUAUGGACUUGUAGUGUUUUAAGUUUCAAGACCAAGAUUGAUUUAUAUCACAACAUUAUAUCAGUGAUAGCCUGUGAUUAAAGGUCUACUUGUUUAAACUUGAAAAAAAGUUCCAUCAUUUUUAAUAGUUGAAAUAUCUUUUUGAAAAGUAUCCAAAUCGUCUUUGGUAAACCUUUCUUGAAUCAAACAUUCAUAACCAAACCUACAUGAAUGUAUUUUUAAAGAUGUUAUGUUUUUGUCAUUGAUGUAAAAUGCAUAAAACUGCUAACAAUGCACAUAGAUGCUUGCUUUGCUUGUUGAGCAGAUAUAUUCGUAUUCAGUUGUAUGUUGAAUGUUAACUAGUUGCUUGUCUUGCAUGUGUAAAGCACAGUUGAUAUUGAUACAUUGUGAUUAAUUGAUUGCUAUGGGAACAAAAGUUGGAGCAAAGAAGCUCAAACAAACAUACAAGACAAAUUUAUUCUUCAAAUGCAGACAACCAGUACAGUGUAGCAGUGUAUGUCCAUCUAAAGUGUGCAUGUAUUAGCAGUGCUGGCACUGUGGCAUAUAAUACAUUAAUGUGUGGUUGAUUUAUCUGCAAUUACAGAUGCACACCACCUACAAAUUGCGUAUGAUUUAUGUAUAAAAUGAGAAUAUCGAUGAUGCCUUGAUAAGAUGAGGCUAUGCUGAAGCAAGUUGUUUUAUUCAGAUUUGGACUGGUAGGUCUAGCACAGUUUAGUUUUGUGUGUUGUGUGGAGAUUACAGAAUUAAGGGAACCAUGACACUUUUGCUUUGGACAGUCAUAUUCGAAAAUUAUGAGUGGUGUUGUAUAGAUUUUCUGUCAAUAUAUUAUAUAUAUUAUAAAAGUAUAAAUAAAUAUAAAAUUCAUUUUGAAUGCCAAAAAAAUAAGAUUAAGAUUCAUGAUUGACAGAGUUGCUCUCCCAUCGAAAACCUAAUGUACCAAUAUUGUAAGAAAUGUUUGACACUACAUUUUAAUAGUCAACAUCAACUUUCACUGUUGAAAAUGUUUUUCUCUAUAAAAAAACGUCCUUUCCAAAGAACCGACUAAGGGACUUAAUUCUUAUAUUCUAAUACUUGCCAACACUUGAAUUAUCCUGAUGAAAAGCCCAGCUUGUAAUAUGUGCAAUUUUUGAACCUGUUUGACGUGACUGAUUUUGUGAACUGACCUUGUAUUGCUCAGCUUGUUAGUCUGCAAAUUCAAGUGGACAGAAGAUCAAAUGUCAGAAAAUAUCAUCUUUAAUAUUCA